AUGGGCAUGAAGCCCGCGAGCUACCAGCCUAGCAAGGGUCGUCACAAAACAUAUAUGCCUUCCUCUGUCAAGUUUACAAUUGAUCAGACAAAAAUGCCUUCCGUAGAGUCUUCCAUGGAAGCACAUCUCCAGCUCUAUGAAAUAUUUCUUACAGCAGCCCACAGUCUUAAUAUUAUGACACAAGGUUAUCAGUAUCUUCAUGAUAAUGUCAUAGAUGGCUGCCAAGCAUUCAGGAAGGCCAAUGGGAUGAGUAUUUUCGAGUACAACAGCAAGAAUCCUGAGGCAAAUAGAAUGUUCAAUGAUGCCAUGACUGCUCAGACAAGCUCUGUAAUGGCUUCUGUGUGUAAGGUGUAUGAUGGGUUUAAGAGCUUCAAGAGUGUGGUGGAUGUUGGAGGAGGAGAAGGUUCUGCAAUAUCUACAAUUGUUAAGGAAUAUCCCCAUAUUCAUGGCAUCAAUUUCGACCUUCCUCAUGUUGUAAGGACUGCUGCUCCAGCAAAAGGAGUAGAGCAUGUGGAGGGUAAUAUGUUUGACCAAAUGCCAUCAGCAGAUGCAGUUUUCAUGAAGCUGGUUUUGAUGGGAGUAUUCUAA